GAUGAAGAGGAGAACAACGACGAUUCGAGGGUGGACACGGAUGGAGAGGAGAACAACGACGACUCGAGGGUAGACACGGAUGGAGAGGAGAACAACGACGACUCGAGGGUGGACACGGAUGAAGAGGAGAGCAACGACGACUCGAGGGUGGACACGGAUGAAGAGGAGAGCAACGAAGACUCGGGCGUAGAUGAGACGGCCGAGAAAGAAGACGGAGAGAAUACAGAGGACAAUGGGUUCGAGACACGAGGAGACGAAGACGAUGGACAUGGAAGCGAAGCGUCGGUUGAGUGUGAGCAGGGUCGUGGUGGUGGGGAGGCUCUGCUGGACCAAUCCUCCUUCAACGGCCUGGAUGAUGGUGCAGAGGGCGCAAGAUCAGAAUCAGAAUCGCCGCACUGGUCGGAAAUCCCGCAGGACGUCCCGCACGAGUCGACCCUCACAUCUCGCGCGAAGUGCACCACCACCUCUGCCGCCUUCACAGCCGUCUCCUCUCCGAAGCCAGCGAGUCCCUUCAUCAAAAUUGACGCCUCCUCUCCGAAGCCAGACAACAUCUGCGCCAUCAACCUCAACGCCAUUCCCUCCACCGCGAACGACUCGAGCUCUCGCACGGCCGACAUGCGCAAGCGCGAGCUGGGCAGCAUGUCCGACGAUCAGCCCAACGCCAAGCGACGGCUCGGCCAGCAACUACAAAUUGCCUCUGUAGCAACUCCUCCGCCGCAACGACGAGACCUCGACUCGUGGCUGACCGCCGUGUCAGCGGGAAGAGUAGGCGAAGAAGUGGGCGGCGAUGAAGAGCGAGCCGAGGACGAUUUCAAGGUCUUGCAUCGUGACCUGC